UCGGCGCGUCGUUUCACGCGGUUCGUCCGUCGAAUGUUUUUUGAUAUCCAUAAUAACGUUAUUAUAUGUCGUACACACAGUCACAGUCCAUAUUGUGAUAAACGGUAGCAACAACAACAACAACGACGACAUUAAUAAUCAUAGUAAUAACAAUAUAAUUAUUCAUUCAUUGACCGUUGUUAUCAAAUAUUUUUCGCGUUCGAAUGAGAUUUCGGCGUCCGUCCGCAGCAACCGAUCGGCCUAACCUAUAAUAUUACACAUUGUACCGUAUUGCUCAGAGUGCUGGUGGUCGUCGACGAAAAUGUCUGUCAUCGACGCGACUGAACCUCCCGCUGAGUUUACAGCCGUCUCCCAAGAAGACGGUUCCGAUCGACGACGAUGGCAACAACAACAACAACAACAACAACAACACAGAACGGCGACGUCAGUCGGUGCUGGAGGAGCGACAUUCGAUGACUUGGAACGUCGUGGAUCGCGGACGCCAGACACUGACGCCUCCGUAUCCUCCACCGCUGACAACGGUGUCACUGAUCGGACGCCAUUGCUCACUCGGAAGGCUGCGUAUCCUGACGAAGACGGAAGCGGCUUCAACGAUCGUGGCGCAGAUAGAGUCGCCGUCGACGGGUUAGGUGAAAGUUCCAAGUACGGGUCCGUUAAUGAAGACGUGUUCAUGAGCACGACACCAACAAUGACUGGAGCUUUUGUACGGCAACCGUCAAACAGUUCUGGUAAAGUUUACUGUAUACAUGGCAAACCGUCUGGCUGUUGCGCCACUCUGGUAUCUGCCGACGACAGCAAUUCCAACCACGAAACCCCGGACCCGAUAGACGGAAAAUCAUCAAUUACAAUCUUCAACGAACACUGUCAUCCGAACCGAGAGAGUACGUCGAGCAGUCAGAAGGCCAGAAGAAAACUCAUAUUUGCCAGCGUACUAUGUCUGUUGUUCAUGGUCGGCGAGGGAGUCGGAGGGUACUUGUCGAGUAGUUUGGCGAUCGCGACAGACGCGUCACAUCUGCUCACGGACUUCGCCAGUUUCAUGAUAUCGCUCUGCGCCAUAUGGGUGGCCUCGAGACCGGCCACGCAGUCGAUGCCGUUCGGGUGGUACAGGGCCGAAGUGUUGGGCGCCCUCACGUCUGUUCUCCUCAUCUGGGUGGUCACCGGCGUGCUGUUGUACUUGGCCGUCGAGCGUCUCACGGACAUGACGUACACGAUCGACGCCGACAUCAUGCUCAUCACGUCCGCCGUCGGGCUGUGCGUCAACUUGGUUAUGGGCUUGACGCUUCACCAGCACUCACACUCUCACGGUGGCGGCAGUCUCGAAUCGCACAGCCACGAGGCUACCGGCCGAAGCAGUUCCAACAUCAAUGUUAGAGCAGCCUACAUACACGUCCUCGGAGACAUUAUUCAGAGCCUUGGCGUGUUGAUUGCCGCUGUUAUCGUAUACUUUAGACCUGAUUGGAAAAUCGUAGAUCCAAUAUGUACAUUCUUGUUUUCCUUACUGGUAUUGGUCACUACAUUUAAUAUACUCCGGGAUACCAUGAUAGUUUUGAUGGAAGGCAUGCCAAAAGGUGUAAAUUUUGUAGAUGUCCUAGAAACAUUUAUGAGCAUCGACGGCGUGGUUAGGGUGCAUAAUCUUAGGGUAUGGGCUCUGAGUCCAGACAAAAUCGCAUUAGCCGCCCAUCUGGCAGUCAAGCCUGGUGCGAACACUACUACAGUACUAAAAGAAGCUUCACGCAAGAUGUACAAAAAGUACAACUUUUUUGAUUGCACACUACAAAUCGAAGAAUUCGAAACUCAGAUGGAGAAUUGCAAACAAUGUCAGCCACCAAAGUGCUGAUCAAAUGGUUGCCCAUUCGCAACUGUAACUGUCACAACCCUCCCCCACCAAAAAUUGUCACCUAACGUGUUUAUUAUAAUUUCCUAUUAUAAUAUUAUAAUUUAUUACACCAUGUAUAUAAAACAUAUUUUAACCAUCGAUUCUUUACUGUGAGAAUACUAAAUACCAUACCUAUAUGUAUUUAUCACCCCAUGCGCAUAUUAUUAUU